UGAUUUUUAAACUUUGUACCCAAACAAAACCAAAAAAAAACAUUAGAUAAAAAGAUAAAAAAAUAAUAAAGGAAGGCAUUAAAACUUCGAUACCUACAUUCAAACGGGAAACGUAAUCGUUCUAAGGUUCUUUAUCUUCCAAUUUUCUGUGAUGAAUGUAAAUUUUAUUGUUAUUAAGGUGAACAUGUAACCUUUGUAUUUUAAUUUGUCUGAUUACUAAGAGGAUAUUCUUCCAUAAGAACAAAGAGGCUGCUCUAGGGCUUCCAAUGAAAGGGUUUUUUGGGACUCGAUUUAAGCAUGAAGACUGAUACUGGUUCGGUGCUAGAAUGGUCAGUGGAAUUCACCAAAAGAUAUUUAGAAGACCAAGGUCUGUCAGAAAAAAGUCUAGAAGUUCUCUGCAACGAAAACUCCGUAGAUGGAAAAUGUCUCAUCUCUCUCAUAGAAAGCGAUUUCACCCUUGAUCCCAUAACAAAACUGACUCUCAGGGACCGAAAAUCUCUAUUUUUAACCUGUAAACUGCUCCAAAGAAACCAUCAGGAUCUCCUCGUCGAUUUGGGUAUCCAAGACCAUUCCGAGUCCAGUAUUUAUAAUCAGCACAACUGUAAGCUAGACAGCGAAUAUGGAGACAUUGACCAUUUUUCUCCGGCAUUAUCUGAAGAUGGAAAGUCAAAGUAUCCACCAGAGAAGACCAAGGCGUUGCUUAGCUUAUGCUAUGUGAUAGCAGUAACUUGGAUCACUGCUUUUGUAAUGGUUAUUGUACAUGAUAGAGUACCUGAUAUGAAAAAAUACCCACCACUUCCAGAUAUAUUUUUAGAUAAUGUACCACACAUUCCAUGGGCUUUCGAUAUGUGUGAAGUAACCGGUACCUUGUUGUUUACCAUUUGGUUGGUAGUUCUGCUCUUCCAUAAACACAGGUUUAUACUAAUGCGUCGGUUUUUCUCCCUUUCGGGCACAGUGUUCUUGCUACGGUGCGUUACAAUGCUGAUAACCUCACUCAGUGUACCCGGAACACAUUUACAAUGUAAACCACGUAACUCGGUAACCCCUGGUGCUUCGUCGUUCGACAAUUUGGCCCUGAAACUGUCGCAGGCCUAUGUGAUUUGGAGGGGCGCCGGAAUGUCUAUUCAGGGUGUGCGGACUUGUGGAGACUACAUGUUUAGUGGGCACACCGUGGCAUUGACAACAUUGAACUUCUUCAUUACAGAAUAUACUCCCCGAUCAAUUUACUACUUACACACGCUCUCUUGGAUGAUGAACAUGUUCGGUAUUUUCUUCAUUCUGGCCGCCCACGAGCACUACUCGAUCGACGUUUUCGUCGCCUUUUACAUUACCAGCAGACUAUUCCUCUACUACCACACUUUGGCAAACAAUCAGGCGUUAAUGCAACGGGAUUCGACCAGAACCCGCGUAUGGUUCCCCCUUUUUUCGUAUUUUGAAGCGAGUGUGGAAGGCCCGAUUCCGAACGAGUACGAUACACCGGCAGAGGUCGCCGCGCAGUUUACCUCGUUCGUGAAACACUUAUUUUUUGAUAUUUUUAAGUUGGUUAUGUCACUUUUUAGGAGAAAUGAUGUGGCGGUCGUGGCCGCGAGUACGUCCACGCUUACGCAAAAAAAUAAGUGAGCGUUUUUUUUUAUGGUAUUAGCAGUGUUUACAUAUCGGUUGUUUUUUAGCCUGAAAUAAUUUUUUUAUUAAGUUUGUGAUAAUUUAUAAGAAAUAUUUAUUAUUAAAAUGUUUUGUAUAAAA